GCAUGUAACGUGACCGGCGCUGGAGUUCCCAUCCUGACUAACCAUUGGCCUUCUAUUACAAUAGAGCGCUCCGUGCUGCAGUCCUAAAGUAAAGACAGGCGAUGACCAACUGCAGUGAUGAUGAGCAGAACGAUGACAGCUCAGGACAGCCCAGAAGGAAAUCAAAGAGAAGUAAAGGAGGAAAGCAUGUGUGCUUCCCUCCGGACGAACAGCUAGUGUCCAGCUUUGCUGAGCAUGGGAACGCUGAGAAACUGGCUGACAGCAGACUCACCUUCACAGAGGUGUCGUUGGCCUAUCAGGACAGCUGCAGCAGACAUCAGGUGCAGCCCAGGGAGCGCAUCCUGCAGCAGCUCCAGAUCUGACCUGCUCGGGAGGGAUGGCAACACAAGCCCACAUAUGUUUAGUGACAAUGGAAGCAGCAGCUCGGUUUCCAGGUGAAAAAGGAGCAAAGGAAAAGACUUCAUUUGGGAGAAGUCUGAGGAGUUUGCACCGAGAUGACCGACAAGCUGGGAAACAAACUCAGGUUAGGAUUGGACAGACUCACAGCAAGAAGGGGACGGCUUGAGGAGUGGGCCGUACUUAAGACGAAAUGAUCUCCAAUAAGGAAAUAAAUAUUCUUUCUC